AACAGCUCCUUGUUUCUUGGGCCAAUCCUUACCUGAUAGGCGAGAAUGCAGUGAACAGCAGCUGUUUAGGGAUCCCUUGACCAAGAAAAGAAAAGAAAAAUCCAAGUCUCCCAUACCUGAGGGGAGGAAAAAAAUCUGAUUUUUUGCCUCUUCCUCUCUGCAAGGCAAGAUGUUUCCCUCAUGAUUUUGCUGAGAAAUCUGAGACAUCAGCUGAAGUCGGAGCAAGACCUCAUGGCUGCUGAAGAAGGGGAACCGGAGACCCGGCCGCCCUUGAGCCUCCAGUUCCGGGUGGCGCUUGACCAGCAGGAAAGAAUCAAAAUGGAGGCUCAAGACCCGGCAGCGGAUGAUGAGGAUGCUCAUGAGAUCCAGGUGGUGUGCGUUGGUGAUCCGCUGAGAUGGACGGUGCCAGCGCAGAUCAAACAGGAGCCAAAAGAGAUGACUUGGGAGGUGCAAGAGAAACAGCUGUUCUUGAAGGGGAUAGCACAAGAGGACCGGCUCCUGUCCGGGGCGACCCCUUGGGAUGAUACCAAAGUUUUCCCAUCAUCCUUUGAGGAAGUAGCCAGUGCUUGCAAAUGGCUGACUGAAGAGUGGGGGAUUCGACCCACAUCCAUCCUCCGAGGGGAAGGCCAACAAGCUUCUGGAGGGAUCCAGGGUGCCAGAGGGAGAAGGGACUUCAGAAACAGGCCGGACGCCCUCCUUCUGAGGGAAACGGAAGGAGCCGAAGCCCAGCGCCGGCAGUUCCGUGGUUUCUCUUGCCCGGAGGCGGGAGGGUUGCACGAGGUCUACGGCCAGCUGCGGGACCUCUGCCACCGGUGGCUGAAGCCGGAGAGACGCAGCAAGGAGCAGAUCCUGGAGCUGGUGAUCCUGGAGCAGUUCCUGACUCUCCUGCCCCAAGAAGUGCAAAGUUGGGUCAGGGACCAGGAUCCGGAAACCUGUUCUCAUGUCAUUGCCCUGGCGGAGGAUUUCUUGAGGAGGCAGCGAGAGUCAAAACAAAGGGAACAGGAGAGUGAAGAACCCUUUGUGGAGGUGAUGGUGGAUUCCCCUGAGGGGGAGGACGUUCCACUGGAUGUCUGGCAGAGACCGCUUCCUGAUGAGAUCCCGCAGGAGAGAGCCAGGAAGACCAGAUUGUUCGGUGAGUGUAGGACACUGGAGAAAGAAGAUGGGGAUGGGCAGCGAGGAAAUUCAGAGGCGGAGGAAUUACGCCGGAUGUCCCCAGGAGAACCGUACAAACGCCUUGUUCAGAGAUACGGAAGCUUUGGGGAGGGUGGUGCAUCGAAGAAGCACGUGGAGCAGCCCACGGUGAUGAUCUGGGGUGGGCCCACCGUUUGCGUAGAAGUGGACAGCUCUGUCCCGAAAGGGACACCGGCCGGGAGACCAAUCAAGUACCUCUGCCCGGAAUGUGGGCGGAACUUCCAGCACAAAUCGACUUUAAUCCGCCACCAGAAGAUGCACACGGGCGAGAGGCCCCACGUCUGCCUGGAGUGUGGGAAAGCGUUCCGUCGGAGGGACAAGUUGAUCCGGCAUCAGCGGAUCCACACGGGGCAGAAACCCCACGGGUGCCCCGAGUGCGGGAAGAGCUUCCGCGAGCGAGGCAAACUCGUCAGCCACCAGAGGAUCCACACGGGCGAGAAGCCUUACCCUUGCCCCAUGUGCGAGAAAACCUACCGCUGGAAAGAAGAAUUCGUCAAGCACCUGAGGAUCCACACGGGCGAGAGGCCGUACGCCUGCCUCCAGUGCGGGAAGGCUUUCAUCAGCAAAGCCCACCUGGUCUCCCACCACCGGAUCCACACGGGGGAGAAGCCGUACGAGUGUCCCGAGUGCUGGCGGCGGUUCUGCAGCAAGCAGAGCCUCACGAAGCACCGUCGUGUCCAUACAGGGGAGAAGUCCUUCAAGUGCCAGGACUGCGGCAGGGUCUUCCAUUACAUUUCAAACUUCACAAAACACCAGAGGAUCCAUGCAAACGAUGGGAUUUAUGGACUUGUGAAGAGCUACAGAGCACAUAUUGAAAGGAAGACAAUGCAACACUAUACGAAACUCGGGGCCAACCAUACAAAGAAAAUGGCAGCCGAACGAAGAGACACACCCCCUCCGGGUCUUCGGCAGGAAUUCGGGGUCUUUCAGCAGGGCCUGAAAGCUGAGCAGCCGGACAAAGCAGUCCUAGAACCGGGGGCAGAGAGAGGCCCAGGCCUCAGGCAGCCCAGGAGUGCAGGGGAAUUCUGGGAAACAAACAUGUCGGACUCUGUGAAGCAGGAGCUGCCAAAGGGGACUCAACAGCUCUGGGAGGCCCAGUUGCAGGACUUCCGGAAAGGGGUGGUGUCUUCCCAUCCCCACGGGCAAAACCUACAACACAUCACAUCGUUACGAGAGGAGGGUCAAACUGUGGUGUCUCCUCCUCAAGGAAUGGUGGAUACCAGGCAGCGCUUGGGCAGUGAGAAGCUGACCCAAGUCCUGGCCCGUGGCAGCAGAGAAGACCACGUGUGGGCUCAAGACAGGGAAGGAGGAGGGAAAGUGAAGGAAGAAAUCCUGGGAGAAAACGAAGAGGAGGCGAUGGAAGAGGCCGUGCGUGUGGACUUGCAGCGGCAGCGCUUCCGGACGUUGGUCUACCACGACGCCGAAGGACCCCGGGACGUUUGCAGCCGCCUCUGGGAUCUUGGCCACCAGUGGCUGAGGCCCGAGAGGAACACCAAGGAGCAGAUCCUGGACCUGCUCAUCCUGGAGCAGUUUCUGGCCGUCCUGCCCUCGGGAAUGCAGAACUGGGUCCAGCAGGGUGGACCGAAGACCUGCUCUCAAGCGGUGUCUCUGGCCGAAGACUUCCUGCUAAAGCUGCCGGCCGAGGAGAGGCAGGUACUGGGGGUAUUCCAGGAAGGAACUGCUAAUGCUCCUGAAGUGGAGAGGAUGCCUUUGAAUGCCUGGGAGAGGCCACCUUCCAUGGCGAUCAAACCGGAGAGUGAUGGAGAGAUGGCCAUGCUGGGCAAUGGGAAGGAGCAGAACAAAUGCGAAAACCGGGGGAAACUGGAACCGCCUUGGAGAUUGUCAGGAAGAGCUGGGCAGAAUGUAUCCAGUUGGCCUAAACAGGGAAAAGCCUCCUCAAGCCAGGAGGGUGUGUGCCUUGAGAAGGAUAAGUUUAUCAAUUCCCAGGGGAGAUAUGUGGAAUUGGAAGGGAAUGUUGUCCAGCUCAUGAUCCCCAUGAACGACGCUCAGAAACCGGGAAAUGAGCGAGAGACAUCCUGCGCCCAUUGCGGGAAAGACUUUCAGUUGAAGUGCAACCUUCAGGCUCACGAGAGGACGCACACGGGAGAGAAGCCGUACAAGUGCUCCGUGUGCGGGAAGGGCUUCAGCACGAGGGCUUACCUGAUCACCCACGAAAGGAUCCACACGGGCGAGAAGCCCUACCAGUGCUCGGACUGUGGGAAGAGCUUCUGCGACAAUUCCAACUUGAUCGUACACAAGAGGACCCACACGGGGGAGCGUCCCUACAAGUGUACGGAUUGCGGGAAGAGUUUCCGGGAGCGGCCGGUCCUGAUCCGACACCAGAGGAUUCACACGGGGGAGAAACCUUACAAAUGCCGAGACUGCGGGAAAAGCUUCAGCCAGAGCUCGGGCCUCUUGGUGCAUGAGCGCACGCACACGCGGGAGAAGCCCUACACCUGCACCGACUGCGGGAAGAGUUUCGGCGGGAACUCGAACUUGAGGGUGCACAUGAGGAUCCACAUGGAGGAGAAGCUGUACCGAUGCUCGGACUGUGGGAAAAUCUUCAGUGACCGAUCGCUUCUCUUGAGGCAUCAGAACACUCAUCAGGAGAGGAAGUGUUAAAGGGGAAAAAAACAACAACAUCCACCCUCCACACUGAUUGUGUUAGUAAAAACUGUGAAGGAAUUUCCAUGUUGUCUGGGAAGCUGACAUUGUCUUUAUUUAUUUAUUUAAAAUAUAUUUGCCUUGCAUUUCACCUUAAAAAAAAGGA